AUGGCCUUCUACGUCCCCACCAGGUUCCUGUGGCGUUUCGGAGGCUCCCAGGUGCACCUGUGCGGCUCCUUCACGCGAUGGGUGGAGACGGUGCCCAUGACGCCCGUGGAGGGGCAGCCUGGCGCCUUCUCGGUCAUCGUCCAGCUCCCUGCAGGGUACCACCAGUACAAGUUCAUCGUGGAUGGCGAGUGGCGGCACGACGAGACCCAGCCCUUCAUGCCCGACCCCCUGGGCAACGUCAACAACUGGCUGUUUGUGCGGCGCCCCGACACCGCGCCCUCCAUCCCGCCCGCCGCGCCGCGCGUGGCCGCGGGCUCCCCCGUGCACCUGGCGCCGCCCAGCCCCUCUGCAUCCGCCUCCCCGCACCCGCUCGCCCGCCCGGCCCACCCCUCCCCCGCCUAUCAGGCGCCCAGCUCCCCCCACCCCAUUCAGCAGCAGCAGCAGCAGCAGCGCGUGUUUGAGGCGCCGGCCGUGGCCAGCCCGCCCUCACGCCACGGCUCCGGCGUGGUGGACCCCGGCGACGUGCUGGCGGCGCGGCGCGCCGCCACCGCGGACGGCGACGUGCGGGCCCCGCCGCCGGGCCCCCCGCCGGCCGUCGGCGCCGGCGUGCCGGCGCCGGCGCACCCAGGCCCGGGCCCCAUGGCGGAUGCGGAGGAGCCGGCGCACACGAGCCGCAGCAUCCACGACUUCCUGGGCAGCCACACCGCGUACGAGCUCAUCCUCGAGUCGGGCAAGGUGGUGCUGCUGGACGUGGACCUGCCCAUGCGCCAGGCGCUGCACGCUCUGCACGAGCAGGGCAUCGCGUCGGCGCCGCUGUGGGACUCGCAGGUGGGCGCGGUGGUGGGCGUGGUCUCCGCCUCCGACUUCAUCUUCAUGCUGCAGCGUCUGCGCCAUGUGGUCUCCGCCUCCGCUGCGCUGUCCGAGGCGGAGAUGGACGGGUACACCAUCCGCGCGGUGCGCGAUGAGCUGGCGGCCGAGUCGCGUGCGCCGCGCGCGCUGGUCUCCGCGCGCCCCGCCGACAGCCUGGCGGAGGUGGUGCGCACGCUGGUGGCGGCGCGCUGCCACCUGCUGCCCGUGCUGGGCGAGGACGCGGGCGGCGGCGGCGGCGCCUGCGAGGUGCUGGCCACCGCCAGCCUGGCGGGCGUGCUGGCCUGCGUCCUGCGCCACUUUCGCGCCUCCGCCGCCUCGCUGCCGCUGCUGGGGCGCUCGCUGCGCGAGGUGGCCAUCGGCACCACCGCGUUGCGCCUGCUGCUGGAGACGGGCGUGUCCUGCCUGCCCGUGGUCGACGACGCGCGCACUCUGCUGGACGUCUACGCCCGCGCCGACAUCUGCAUGCUCGCCAAGGGCAAUGCCUACAGCCGGCUGCAGCAGGAGGAUGUGACGGUGGGGCAGGCGCUGACCCUGGCCUCGGCUCCCACCGCGCCCACCCAGGUGUCGGCCUGGUCGCAGCAGUCGCAGCACCUGGGCCCGAAGCAGCGCGUCUGGAUCUGCACGGCGGAUGACUCGCUCCGCACCGUCGUGGAGAGGCUGGCUGUCCCAGGCGUGCGCCGCCUGGUGGUGGUGGAUGGAACCACCCACCGCGUGGAGGGCAUCGUGUCCCUCUCCGACGUCGCCACCUUCCUCAUGGUCUAG